AUGGACGGGACUCAGCGCAGCGAGAGUGAGUGGCAGGGGAUGGUGGCCGAGUUUUUAGUUUGCAAGAGGAAGCUGGAAAGCAAGAAGGAGGCUCUUCUGAUUCUGUCCAAAGAGCUGGACACUUGUCAGCAAGAACGGGACCAGUACAAACUGAUGGCCAACCAGCUGAGAGAGCGCCACCAAGGGCUCAAAAAGAAGUACCGGGAGCUCAUAGAUGGAGAUUCCUCUCUGCCUCCUGAAAAACGUAAUCAAGUAAAUCUGGCGCAGUUACUCAGAGAUUCCAGAGAAAGAAGUCAGCAACUUUCUGACGAACUGAAGGAAGUGAAUCAAAGACUUGCAGAAGCUCAAGGAGACAAUAAGCUGCUGAGGAUGACCAUUACUAAACAGAGGCUGGGGGACGACGAUGUUGGAACGCGACAUUUUCCUGCUCACGAACGAGAAGAUCUUGUCAAACAGUUGGAAAAAGCAAGAGAACAGAAUGAGUUGAUGGACCACAGUGUGAAGUCCCUGACCGAUGAGCUGCAGGACAUCCGAGCAGAGCGGGAUGUGUUUCAACAAAAGACUCAUCGGCUCAACGUGGAAAUGAACCACAUCCUCGGCAACGACGAGAUCCGGAUGCUGGACGUAGACGCGCUCUGCAUGGAAAACAGAUAUUUACAUGAGAGACUAAAUCAGCUCCAGGAAGAAGUGACCAUUUUAAAAUCAAAUCUGUCCAAGUAUAAGACUGCUUUGGAGUGCCGGAAAAACUCUAAAUUUAGCGGUAAACCAAACAGCAGUGCACUAACAGGUGUGCUCUCUGCCAAACAAGUCAAGGAGUUGUUGCUCUCUGAAGAAAAUGGCUGUAGUUUGCCAGUCACUCCUCAGUCUAUUUCCGAUCUCAAAUCUCUGGCCACCGCUCUGUUGGAAACCAUUCAUGAGAAGAACAUGGUUAUACAGCACCAACGGCAAAUCAAUAAGAUUCUUGGAAAUCGUGUGGCAGAAUUGGAGAAAAAAUUUAAAUCAUUGGAGAUGUCAGGAAUAUGGAGUCUACCUGGCAUAACUUAUGAUGUUUCUCUGGGAUAUAACGGAAAAGUGAGAGACAACAUUUUAAAUGAACAGGCCCCUGAAUCUCCAGACCUCAACUUUAAUAAAGGUGAAAGAGAAUCAAAUCAAGACCCGGAUGAUCCAAAUAUUUUACCGGUUCCACACUCAUCAGGGAUAAUGGAGGCGUCAGAGUUGAGCCAGCCCUACUUGCCCCAGAAGGAUCAACAUCCAACCAGCUGCCCAGUGCCCAGUCUUUGUGAAGAUACUACUGUUUGCAAAGAUAAUAAGGACACAAAACUGACCAUUUAG